AUGGCUUUCAUACACAAUGGAUCAUUAGAAUGUACCAAAUCAGAACUCGACAUAUUUCAAAUACAGCCGACACAAACGGGUAUUGAAAAAUCACUGUAUGUCGAAAUACAGCCACUCACAGCUAUAACUGAAAAUGCACCCCUGGAAUUUUAUAUAGCCGGAAGCGGCGAUCAUUAUUUUGACCUGAACAACACUUUGAUGUAUAUAACCUGUAAAAUAGUCAAACAAGACAAUACAGCUCCGCCUGCUGGAGCACGUGUUAGCCUCACCAACUAUCCACUAGCCACGCUGUUUAACCAAGUCGAUGUUACAUUAGGAGACAGACUCAUCUCACAAUCAAAUAACCUAUACGCUUACCGGUCAUACAUUGAAACAGUUCUCAACUACAGCUCAGAUGCUUUAUCCACACAAUUUACAGCAGGAUUGUUUUAUAAAGAUGCAGCAGGGUUACACGAUAAUUGUGAACUAGAUGGUGAUAAUACUGGUUUUGUAAAGAGAGCACGUAUGUUAGAACGUGGUAAAACUAUUGAAUUGCUAGGUCAUCUACAUAGUGAUCUGUUUUUCCAAGAAAAAUUGUUAUUGAAUGGGCUCGAUCUGAAAAUUAAACUUAUAAGGAAUAAAGAUGCUUUUUCUAUUAUGAGCGCUGAAGCAGAACAGUAUAAAGUUCAAAUCUUAAACACCUCUCUUUUUGUUAAAAGAGUACAGAUAUCCCCGGCUGUACGCAUAGGCCAUGCGCAAGGACUCUUAACAGGAAAUGCAAAAUACGCUUUGGACAGAGUCGGUCUAAAGGUCUAUUCCGAGGCCGCCGGCUCGCGUGUCUGCAAUCAGGAAAAUUUAUUUCUUGGACAACUACCAAAAACCGUCGUUAUUGGAUUUGUUGAUAACGACGCUUUCUCUGGCGCUUAUGACAAGAAUCCCUUAUGUUUCAAACAUAACUAUGUGAAUUUUGCAGCAUUGUAUCUGGAUGGUGAACAAAUACCAACAAAACCUUUUCAACCAGACUUUGAAAAUGGAAACGCUAUACGUGAAUACAUAUCACUAAUCAACAUUGCUGGGAAACAAAAUUCUGAUGCUGGAAUCCUCAUUAAUAGAGAAGAGUAUGUGCGUGGUUACACACUUUUUGCCUUUGAUUUGUCACCGGACCAAGAGUGUGGUUCACACUACUCUCUUAUACACAGUGGUAAUCUCAGAGCUGAAAUCCGAUUUUCAAGACCACUUGAAAGAACAAUUAAUAUGAUUAUUUAUAGUGUAUUUGAUAAUAUUAUUGAAAUUAAUCAAAGAAGGGAAGUCUUGUACGACUAUCUAUAA